CAAAAACUUUGUAAAACAUUAAAAGAAGAAUUUGAUUAUUAAUACUGUUUUUAAGCUUUAAAAAAUUUGAUAUAUUUUAGAUAGAAGUUAAAUAUAGAAAUAUUCAUAAAAAAGGUUUUUUCAUUUAUUUUAGAAAAUAAAUAAUUAAGUAGGAUGAUAAAAGAUUCAUAAUUAGAAGAAAGCGACACUAGUCAAGGAUUAACUGCAUAAUAAAAAUAGAAAAAGAUAAAAAAGCCGAAAGAUAAAGUGUGUUCAAGUACAAAUUUGUCAGUUCCUGUUUCUGAAAAGCAAACUGGAUCAAAAAAAUAAUAAAAAGCUGGUACAUAUAAAGAAAAGAUCAAAGAUAUAGUUUCUGAAGAUGAUGAACUAAAUUAAGAGGAAGAGGAUAUGAUUGAAGGUUUGGAAAACAUAGAUGAUGACGAUGAAAGAAAAAAAAAGAAGAGCUAGCUUUCUGCUUAACUUACUAGAAAAAGAAGAAAACUAUAUAUUUAAUUACUUGAGAAGAAGGUAAAGUAACUUGGAGAUGAAUUGGAUCAAGCAAAAUUAAAAAUAUCAAGUAUUGAAUAGAAUCAAAAGCAAAGAUAAAAUUCUGAAAUAAUGACGUAAUUGCUGUAGGAAAGGUAAAAAUUGUUUGAUAAGCUAGAAGAAAAGAUAAAAGAAAAAGAUGAUAUAGAAAUACAAUAUAUUAUGGAUUCUUUGAGGUUAAGAUUAGGGUUAUCAGGAAAAACUAGAAACUAAGCACUAUAUUCUUUUUAUGAUGAAAUUGUUAAGCUUAUAAUGCCUUUUCAUAUGAAAUAUUUGAUUUGGAUAGCAACAGAAAAUUUAGACAUAUUUUAGACUGACAAAGAAACUGAUUCCACUGAUAGUGGAGUAUGGUUUUAGAAUAAUGGAAUGACCGAAUAGUAAAUUUUAGAGAUAAGAUAAAAAAUUUUAGAAUCAAAAAAAGAUUAUGAUGACAUUCUUCAUCAAUUAGAUUUUUUAAAGCAAAAAAUGUAGUAAAAAAACGAAUUUGCAUAAAAUUUUAUUGAUGAUCUUAGGAAUUUCUUCCCUCCAAUUAACAUAGCAAAAUUUUUAGUCGACUUAGAUAAAAAAAGAAAUCUUUAUGAGAGAAAUAAUCUCUAUCCCGAUAGUUACUGGCAAUAGCUAUAACAUAAAAACUGUACCCUUAACCCAUUGAAGAAUACUCAAGCUCAGGGCUUUGAAAGACCAUUUUAGAAUAAUCCCAAUAUUCUUUCUACAAAUACAUAAGUUAAAGAAGAAUUGGUUCCAGAUUUUAAAAUGAAGUAAACAUAAGAUAACAAAAGGAAUAAUAUACAAAGCUUAGACUCUAGUUAGUGUAGCUUCUCCAUAGAUUAACUGGGCUAAAGUGGAUUCUUAAACUAAUAGCAACAAUAAUUUUUGAAUAAAUAAAAAAGUGAUCUUAAAAGUGAAGAUGGUAGGCCAAAAAGUUUCUAAGAUCAAUAAAGAAUGUAUUCAGAUAAAUAGAUAAAUAAAAAUAGCAUUCAUUAGGCAGAUUAAAUGAUAUAAAAUUAAUUCUUGUUACCAAAUUAAUAAUAAUUUGAUGCUAUUUAAAAUGUUCAACAUCAUGUAUCCUAUUAAACAUCAUUAUAAAAUAUUUAAAGUAAUCAGUCAUUUGAAUACGAUAAGUAUUAAUAUAGCAAUAAUUCAAAAGAUAAUUAGUAGUAUAUCGGAUAAUACAGUAAUGAUUCAUUAUAAUAACUUAAUUAAUUUGAAAGACCUUAAAAUGUUAAUCAGCAUUCAUAAAAUUAAUCUAAAUACUCUAAUUUGUAAUACCAAAAUAACAGCAAUCUAUAAAAUUAAGCAGAAUAAUCAUUUUAAAGCUAAAAUAAUUAAUAAAACAAUAGAGUUUAAUAUUAGUAGCAAUUUGCUGGCAUUAAUAAUAGUAAUAAUAACAAUAAUAUGACUUUUGAUUUUAUUCCUAACACAGGCUCAUUUUAAUUUUAAGAUCCAAAUUAAAAUUUCGAAUUUUUACUAUAAAGAGACUUAAGUUGA